CUCCGUGCUCCUUAGCAGCUGGCAAAGUGGUGCGGCUGGCCUGCUGGAGAGCCAUGGCAAAGAAUGGACUUGUGAUUUGCAUCCUGGUGGUCAGCUUACUCCUGGACCAGACCACCAGUCACCCAUCCAAAGUGAAGGCCAGGAAGCACAGCAAACGCCGCGUGAAAGAAAAGGAUGGUGAUCUGAGGUCUCAAGUUGAGAAGCUCUGGAGGGAAGUCAAUGCCCUAAAGGAAAUGCAAGCUCUGCAGACAGUCUGUCUCCGAGGCACAAAAGUUCACAAGAAAUGCUACCUUGCUUCAGAAGGCUUAAAGUACUUCCAUGAAGCCAAUGAAGACUGCAUUUCCAAGGGAGGGACACUGGUGGUCCCCAGGAACUCCGAUGAAAUCAAUGCCCUAAGAGACUAUGGUAAGAGGAGCCUGCCAGGUAUCAAUGACUUUUGGGUGGGAAUCAACGACAUGGUCACAGAAGGCAAGUUUCUCGAUGUCCAUGGAAUCGCAGUCUCCUUCCUCAACUGGGAUCGUGCCCAGCCCAAUGGUGGCAAGCGGGAAAAUUGUGUCCUGUUUUCCCAAUCGGCUCAGGGAAAAUGGAGCGAUGAGGCCUGUCGUAGUAACAAGAGGUACAUAUGUGAGUUUAUCAUCCCUUAAUAAGCCCUUCUUAAAUGUGCCUCCCAAGCAAACUUGGUCACAAUUUAUAGGCUGAUGGUCCCCCAAAAUAAAUCAAAACUGCAAUUAUUAAUUACAAAAAUACAAUGCCAAUGUCAAUGUCCAUAGGAGUAAAAAGUCAGAUAAUUUUAUAGCCUAGCUCAUUGUGCCUUUCCCUUCAUGGAGCAAAAGGAAUCAGAAAAUAAAUCAGCCAUGAGUACACUAUGAAAGAGACUUCUGCAAAAUGGGCCAUCAAUCCUUGCCCGCCUUACAUAUAUAGACCUGGUGUAUCUUAGAAUACACAUGCAUUUCUUCAAUUUAGAAAGGCAAGCUUAGGUUACUUGGAGAUUUCUCUUGGAAGUUUUGGUUAGUUCUGUCAGGUAUCACUCAAUGGCAGGCAAGGAUACAGUCUGAGAAAUGUCUCAUUAGGCAAUUUUGUUAUAUGAACAUCACAGUCAGUAUCUACAACCCUGGGUGGCAUAAGACAAGCAUUCAGCAUGGCCUCUCUAUGUGAUCGAGGCGUGUGAGCCUUCUGCUGACAUAAAUACUGUUCUUUUUGAGAGCAGGGACGCACGAGGAAAUGACAGUAGAAGGGGACUAGCUUUCCAUCAUGACGCUGAGAUACCUGACACCCGCUGCACGUGAGACAAAGCAAGGCUUAUUUAGUUUACACUUCAUGCUUAGUCAAACACUGGGCAGCUCUAGGGACUUGGUCCAUGGUGAGAGUAGCAGACUGUGGCAAGAGCAAGGUCAUAUGUCAAGUAAGACCAGAGAGAGAAGAAAAGCAGGUACCCCUUUCAAAGACAUGUCCAUAGUGGCCUCAGGACCUCUUAGAGAGUUCUUAAAGAUGCACAAUAUCUCCAAUACUCCCACCCUCAAGCUAUGGUGUAUAGACGUAUAUAAACCAGCAAUAUCAUUUAUUAUCCUUAUCUAGUAUUCGGAUAUGUACUUAACCAUAUGUGCUAUACAUUAUAUGCAUGGUGGCAUAGAGUCUUUGUUUAUAACACUGUCACCAAAACCACAAGUUGUGUCUUGUGCUACCUGAGAACAAUAAUGUGUCUCUAAGCUACAGAGAUUUUUCAGCUCCAUUCUAGUCUUAUGGGACCACCAUCAUCUAUGCAACUUAUUAUGGGUUGAAAUAUCGUUAUGUGGUGCAUGAUUGUAUAUAAUUAAUUGAUUGACAAGAAUUUCCCAAGUCAGAGAUUCUAGGUGCUGUAUACUCCACCACCCUGUCAGCAUGAAGCUCGAUCUGCUUCAAUGUGACAUUAUGCCCAGUUAGGAUUCGCUCAUGACCAGUGCUUUAAGCUGCAACCUCUCCUCAUAAGAAGAGUAUCUGAUCUGCCAUAUCAGCACAAGAAUGUCUGCAGAGGCUAUGAUUUAGCUCUUCAAAUUCCCCCACACCAGCUUUUCUGGAAGUUCCCAGUGGUGAUCCUGUAACAAAUAGUGAGACAACAUAUAUGAUCAGUUUCCACUCCUAGAAUUCCACAACUGAUUCCAUCUUAAAUGGACAACCCUAAGGCAGAACAACAGAGGACAGUAUGGACAAA